CGAAAGCUUACAAUUAAUUUAAUUUGUUUGUCCCUCUCAAUAAAAAUUAUGCUGGCGAAUAUUUCCAAACGAAUGCCAGCUUUCCACCAUUAGCAGAACUAGCUACUUAAUGAUGAGAUAUACUAUUACAAUAAUCUCAAAGAGAGACACUUUUGUUGGAAUUUGCAUGUUUUACUCUAAUGAUAAUGCACAGAAAAGACGCUUAAACCGUUUAGACCAUAGUUUAAAUUUCCACACCGAUGUGCCAGACAUUCUUUAACGACCGCAAACAGCGAAGCAUAAGGUUUUCUUACCAGUAGCGGCAGCAGUACAGUUGCAGAGCGGUGCACUAUAAUCGAACUGGCGCCGGCAGCAUUCGUUCCGUGGGCUAUAAAAACUGCAAGACGCAUGCGGUGUGGCAACCGAAGCGCAAAACAAUUUUCUCGUGAAUUUCUGCCGGUAUCGCGAGUUGAUUUCCUUCGGCCAGGGUAUCGUUCACUCUGGUAGCCAUGACCUAACAUCAGCGGCUAAACAUGUAAUUAGCUUAGAGUGGAAGUUGGCCCAUCACUCCGUGUUGGAACUGCGAAAUUCGUUAGCAAUUUUCUCACAUAAAAUUUUCGUGGAUGUGCGCGCAGGUGUGACGAAUAUUUCCCUCCUUUCGGGACGUCUCACCGGUUGAGAAAGUUCAGUAGCCGUUCGUCCGUGCGCCAGAGGGAUGAUAAAUGUCGGGCAGUGUUGAGAAAUGUAUAUACUAUCUUCGUCGUCGCGACCGCGCCAGUACGUGAAACAAAAAAUCAGUCUUACAACUCGGGAGAAUACGUGUACUCCAAACCGGCAACGAAAAUCAGUCGAACCAUUGGAACGCACCCAAACAGAUUAGGUUGGGUAACCUCAACUGAUGUAAAAAGUGAAGUGAAGUUACUGAUAGUGAACGGUUUUUUUUUGGAUCACAGUGAGCUGAUAAAAAUAGCAUAUUUCGAAUAUUGUUGCUCGCGACGACGUAAACAAAGCUAACAUAUCCAAGAUAGUGGCUCGUUGAAUGUGAUUGUAUUAUUAGCAAAGUUUAGUGACAUAAUUGAGUAAAAUUUUAAAGUGUGAUAAGUUGGCGAACCGCAACCAGUUUUUUUUCAAAUAGUUGAGUGAAAAAAUAGCAGCAUUAUAACGAUGGAUGAGGGCGGUAGUGACGUCGUGUUGUAUAUUUACGACUUGACCCAGGGCAUGGCAGCGAUGAUGUCCCAAAUGAUGCUCGGACGUCACAUCGAAGGAAUUUGGCACACGGCGGUUGUUGUUUUCGGGCGCGAGUAUUUCUUCGGCUCCCACGGCAUCACCAGUUGUGAACCGGGAAAUACCGUGCUUGGACAGCCCCUGAAGAAGGAAGUGAUCGGACAGACCUUCAUACCGUUGCCUGUGUUCACGGAUUACGUCCGAGGACUAGCGGAAAGUACCUUCAGAGGCUCGAAAUACAACCUAAAAAACCACAACUGCAACACCUUCAGCGAGGACCUGUGCCAGUUCCUGUGUGGAAUCGGAAUUCCCAAGUACAUACUUGAUCUGCCCCAGGAACUACUGUCGACACAGUUGGGUCAAACUCUGCUGCCGCUGAUCGAAAGGCUCGGCUCGGGCGGAGAUCCAACCGGUAACUUUCAGUACGAAUCGGAUUUUAUUGGCGGCGGUGCUGGUGGCAAUCGAGCCCCAAGCCCCGGACUCGAGCAGCUAAACAGCCAGAUAGAACAGGCCCGACAGCAGUCACAAGAGCUGAACGAGCGGCGAAACAAAAUUCGCGACAAGAUCGAUAAAACCAGCAAGAAAAAGGAGAAGAAAUCCAAACGAGAAUCGAAGAACUCGACGGACGGUGAUCAGAACUCGAACGGAAUGUCGGAGGGUGAAGCAGAAUCCCAGAAUGGCAUCAACGGUGUCAAUGGAUCGAUCCCGCCUGAAAUGCUCCCGUCGGAGAAGGCACUGAAGGAGGAAGAAGCGGAACGAUUGGCAGAGGAGGAGCGCAAGAAGAACCGCGAACAACCGAUUAUUUUCAAGGAAGUUGACCCAAAAUUGGAGUUGGAAUGUUUGGUGAAUCUGGUUGAUGGAAAACUGUCCGAGGAAGAGCAAGUCGCAGUGGAUGAGCUUCACCAAUAUCUACUGCUGGGCGAAGGUGCCUGGGCACUCGGGGAUGGAUUUCUGGUAUUCGUUGGACGCAUGUUCCGUGACAGCUCGCUUUCUACUGAAGUUCGGGUGCAUUUACUCCGUGCCUUAGCGAAUGCUGCUUUAAAAGACGACAUCAUCCUUCUAUUGCACCAGGACAGACGGGAACACGUGCUGAUGAACUUUGCUCAAGACAUUGAUAAACAUCCACCAGAAGAACAGCAGGCUAUCGCUCUUUUUAUGUGCAACCUUUUCGAGAACGACAACGCGUCCGAGUGGCUGCUGUACAUUUCAGAGUGGUCCUAUAACAACCAAACCACUUCGAAUAUCCGCGCUACAACCAAGGUGGCUGUGCACUGCUUACUGGCCGCCUGUCCCAGACUGAAGGACAUCGGCACUGCGCUGGUCCAUAACUUAGCAAGUAAGGAAGUCAAAACCGUUGUAUUCGACGAUGUUGCCGUUGAAAUUUCAAUGGCCCUGCUGCAGUUCUUCAAUUCGGAACCAACCGAGGAACACCUCUACCGAACCAUGAAAGCGUUGGCUAAAUUCGCUCUAGUAUCCCCGGAUGUUCCCCAAUUUAUUCAGAUGAUCGGACCCCACCCGAAAACUCUGCGGGGCAAGAGCGAGCGCAUCAACGACCUGAUUGAUCAGAUUUCCAAAAAGGUUCGCUAAACAUCGUCCAAGGUAAACUUACCACAAACUUACACCGUUUGCUCGUAUGUAUAACUAUGCAUGUACAAAGCCGUACUGAACCAAAUAGAAACCAGGAUAUCGGAGCCGUAUGACCCGUACUCGUAUCCCGCAGCAGCAGGUUGGAAAGAACAUCGUUGGCAUUUUCUUUGCAAUUACCUUUCGAACCGUAAAAUUCUGUCGUAACUCUUCCGAAGGAACUAACUAUAACAACUAGCACAACAGUAGGGGAUUCAUUUAGGUCAAGGGUUUACGGAGUGGCUGUAAACAGUGGCGUUUAAUGUACCUCUUUGGAUUAUUUGUUUUUAGCAUUUUCAUUAAACUCCAUUGUUUACAUUGCACCUUCUUAUGCCGUUAUGAAAAGUUUCUCAUGAAUAUUUUUCCCCUCCUCUUCCUUUUGAUAUCUUUUGCUAAAUAAAUAUAGACAGACAUGUUUUUAAGAGCAAUGGUUUUGAUUUAACUUUAAUUUAAAGUAAUACAUUAAACAUAUGAAUAAUAUAUUGACAACAAGUUGUUU